GCGCGUUUGAGUUAAAAAGGUUUUACGGGUUUGUCACCAACCACCAUCACCCUUGCACCCUCGACUCUGGGAAACCCGCAAAAUGACCACCCAAUUUGACAGAAUAUAUCGUGGGCUCUCCCCAGAAGUGGGCAAAUUUCGCGUUGCAGCAAGUGGAAUGGCCUGGAAAGGGUCUGAGUCGGAAGGAAUCACAUCUAUGGCAGCGGCAGACAUUAAGUGGGCCCAAUGGAUUCGCGUUGCUCGAAACUUUCAAUUACGGGUUGGCUUGAAAAGUGGAAACGAGCAAAGGAGAGAAACGUUUGAUGGCUUCAUGCGAGAGGAUCAUGACAAAAUUGCCUCCUUACUCAAAAAUCAUUUUUCCGUCACCCUCGAAACUCGAGAAAUUGCCUUCAAGGGCUGGAACUGGGGUGUCACUGACUUCCAAGGUCAAGAUUUAGCUUUCACCGUUUCUGACCGGACAGCAUUUGAACUGCCCCUACAACAUGUUGCAAACUCAAACAUUGCAGGAAAAACCGAAGUCUCACUCGAUUUCACCUCACAUGCUAGUCCGUCUAAAAGAGGAGGGGAUGAAAUGGUCGAAAUUCGGUUCUACGUUCCCGGAACACAUUCAAAACUCACAGGUUCAGAUGCUGGAUCCGACGUCGAAAACGACAAUGAUGAGGAGGAGGAGAUUAGCGCUGCAUCGGUGUUCCAUGAUAUGGUCAAAGAAAAAGCCGAAAUUGCAAACGUUAUGGGCGACAUGAUCCUCAGCUUUGAGGACUUGUUGGUUUUGACCCCUCGUGGUCGGUACGACGUCAUCAUGUUCCCAGAGUUUUUGCGAUUACGAGGGAAAACAUACGAUUACAAGAUCGAGUAUACAAAAAUCUCGAGGCUUUUUCUUAUACCUAGGGAUGAUCUCCACGUCUUGUUUAUCCUUGGAUUGACGAGCCCCAUAAGACAAGGUCAGACACCCUAUCAGUACCUCAUCAUGGAGUUCAGGCGAGCAGAGGAGACCACAGCCGAACUUAACAUGGAUGAAGAAGAAGUCGCCAAGUUUGAAAAGCUGAAAAAGAACUAUGAUGAGCCCACAUUCGAGGUGGUAUCGAGUGUCUUCCGCGCUCUUUCGAAGAAGAAGAUUAUCGGUGCAGGGAGUUUCCAAAGUCGUGAUGGUCAUCCAGGUAUCAAGGCUAACCUCAAAGCUGUUCAGGGCGAUCUCUUUAUGUUGGAAAAAUACAUAUUCUUUGUAUCCAAACAACCUUCUCUCAUCGAGUUAUCGGAGAUCGAUAAAGUCGUAUUCUCUAGAGUGGGCUCUAGUAUGGGCGCUACUGCGGCACGGACGUUCGAUUUAAAAAUUGUGACCAAGGGUGGUGGCGAAGUCACUUUCACGAACAUCAACAAGGAGGAGCAUGAGCCCACGGAGUCGUACCUGAAAGAGAAGAAGCUUAGGAUUAAAAACGAGAUGGUGGCAGACGCAGAAUUGUUGGCUGCUGCGGUUGGCGAAGAAGAAGAUGAAGACAUGCAAAGUGACAGCUCGAGUGGUAAACGAACAGCGAAAGUUAACCGCGGCGAUGAUGACGACGAAAGCGAAGAAGACGACGACUUUAAGGCAUCCUCUUCCGACUCUGGCUCCCCAACGGAGACAGACUCUUCGGAGGGUGGGGCAGCUACUGCAUCUGAUGCCAGUGGCGACAUGGAAUUUGCUAAGAAGAAAAAGAAGAAAGUCAAGGCGAAGAGCAACGGAAAGGCUGCUGAGGGUUCGAAGAAAUCCAAGAAGGCUAACGGUGAUAGCGACGCGGAUGAUGACGUCGAGGAAGAGAAACCCAAGAAAACGGUCAAGAAGAAGAAGGCGGAUGAUGCGAUGGACGUCGACGAUAAACCAAGACCUAAACCCAAACCAAGGGUGCAGGUUGCAAAGGAUGAUGCCAUGGACGUGGAUAAGGAGGAGCAAGAGAAGCCCAGACCAAAGCCGAAACCCAAGCCUAAGGCGGGCAAGGGCACUACGGAACCUCCGAAGAAGAAGCAAAAAACUGCAGAUUGAUUUCUUGUGUUUUCUGUACUCUCCGUGUUCUUGUCUUCUCUGUGUACUGUACAUCUGCCCACUUUCUUUUUAGCUUGCAAUUCAAGCUGUGACAGGCUGUGGCUCGUUAUACUCUCAAUCG